AAAAUGCGUAAUGUCCUUUCACAAAGAUUCCGCCGUCAUCAAGUCACAGAAAGAAAUGAGACAACCAUUGUUAAAAAAUCUGAUUCUUCUUCAAAUACAGGAGGAGAAUCGUCUGGACCUAAAGAGUAUAGCAGACGUUCAUCUAUGCGUGAUGAAAUUAAUGUUGAACAAUGUUAUUCUGAAUCUAGCAACGCCCCUCGGAUAUUACAUACGACACAAUCUUUAAAUGAUGCCAGAACUACUCCACAAUCAUCAAUGCCUGCAAAAUAUUCCAGAGAAUAUCCAAGUAUUUUACGUGAACAAAAUUUAACAAAGGAGAAGAAAAACUAUAGACAUUCAAUUAUGAUACCUAUUGAAAGAACAAAUAAAGAAAGUACUGAUAAGGAACAAAGUGAAAACUUUCUUCGAAGGCAACAACAAAAACUAUAUAAAUUACGUGGUGAAAGUUUGAGAAAAUUUGGCCAAACAAAUACUCCUCAAGGAUUAGAUGAACAACAAAGAAGGGCUAGGCAGCAUGCAUCGCUACCACCAAUGGGCCGACAGAAUCAAUAUCCCCAAAAAAAUAUCCCUCAACAACUACCUUUUGAGCUAAUAAUUGAUCGUUAUCCGCAACAACAAGUUCGUAGUAUUGAUAAAACAAAACAAUUGGAUAUAUGGACUGUCUCUGAUAGCGGGAUAUAUCAUAAAAGACAUGAAUUUCCACAAGAAUCUUCUUUUGGGUUUUCGCCCUUUCCUGUCCAUGGUCCUUUUAUGGCAGAGGAAUUGAUACUUGAACAAGAGAGCAAAAUUAUCCAAAGACAAGAAUCAAAAGUUAGUGGAUGUUAUGAUUCUUCUAAUCAGUAUUAUUCUGGUAAUGCAAAUGGUCAAACUGUUGGGAUGUCUUCAUCUAACAUAAUGAGUAGUAGUGAUGAAUUAUGGCAUUCUGCUUAUGAAUGUUUUCCCCAACAAAAAAAAUUUACACCCCAACCACAACAACCUAAAAUUCCACAAAUACAAGAUGAACAAAAUCAACAAACUAAUAAAAUCCAAACAAUGAGUAUUUUAGCAGAAGAGAAUGGUUCUGAAUGUAAUAUUCAGAAAAACUUUCAUUUAAAAAAUAUUUUGGUAAAUAAUUUAAAUGUUUCUGGAUGUUUUUCUGAAAGAAUUGUUUUAUUUGUUAAAAUUCCAAAAAUUAUGGCAAGCAAUAUAUUAGGGCCACAAAUAGAGACUUCAACACUUUCUGAACAGCAAGCAAAUGAAGAAGUCCGCCUUUUAAUGUAUAAAGGGACAAAACCAAAAACGAAAUUAAUGUCAAAAAGUGUAGAAAGUACAGGGACAUUGGAAGGUCUAAGAGAAUCAGAAAGAGUUGUUUAUCCUGUUCGUGUUGAAAUUUCUGGUCCUGUACAUUUUCUUCAUGCAACAAAUAUGAAUGUUAUGAAUAGUUCAGAUAACCCAACAGAUUAUUCUAUUCAUACUUCGAUGACUUCAAGUGGGGGAAUGAAAGAAUUUAGACAGGGAACUUUUGAAACGAAUUUUUCAAAAAAUCGUCAAAAAAGUCCCUCUCCAACUAAAUGGACACAAACAGAAUAUCAACCAAAAAUUAAUUAUAACUUAAAUUCAGAAGAGCCAAAACCCGUAGAAACACAAUUUGAAGAUCUAAGACAAUCACAAGUUAUUUCUCCUCCUUUAGAAAGAUUUAUAGAAAGUGUUUGUGAUAUACAACCUAUUUUGGCAGAAAUUAGCGAAGCUAUGUCCCAUCAAGCGCUUCCGUUCGAGGAAAAAUACGAAGAAAGUUACUUAAGGAAGGAAAAUAAAAAUGGAGGGCCUCCACCUAUUCCACCUAAAAAGCAUUUAAUAAAAAAACAACCAAAAUAUAUUUACAAAAUAGAAGAACAAAAUAAAAAGAAUGAAAAAGAAUAUUUUAAUUCAGAAGAAAUUAAUAAUCAACAAAAUCCUUAUUUAAUUCAGAGUACAAGUCAUUGCCAUCUGGCAAGGGUCACAGAAAUAACACAGGAAUGGCUUGUUAAGUGUAAUAAUAAAUUGAAAAAUAAUAAUAAUAAAUAUGAAGACAAUGAAGGAGUAAACUUUUGUAAUAGUGUAAUUAUUAAACCCUUAUAUGGGCAAGAAUUUGAUAAAGAAGAGUUUUGGACAAAGGAGUGGAAGGAAAAUAAUCCGGAAAAAUCUAAUAAAGUCAAAGACGAGAGGAUAUUUGACAAUACUAGUGAAAGGAUUUACUUGAGAGAUGAUGGCAUUAAUAAAAACGAAGGAAAUUUUAAUAAUUAUAGAGGAAAAUUUUCUACAUUACAAACCUCAAAUCGCCAAUUUAGACAACCUGGAUUUCAAGAAAAAAUAUACAAAACACGCAGUUUUAAUAACGAUGAAUUGCCUCGGUUGAUUGAACAAACACAAUACGAGGAAUUAAGAAGAGCUUUAUUGGAAGUACAGAGAGACUUGGAUAGUGCUCAAGAAUAUAAAAAAAAUAAUGCAGAAGUUGAACGAAUUGAGAAUGUUAUUCUUUCUAUUUCUGAACGAAUUAAACUUCCAAAUGAACCUGUUACUAAAGCUCAAGCUGAGGCAAAAGAAGAGCUUUUGAGAGUUAGACUUGCUCGAAUGAUUUUAAAUUUGGAUCCAGAUUUUGAGCCAAAACAAAACUUUAAAGAAAAUAUAAAAAGAGAUAAUGUUGAUUUGUCUAAUGAAAAUGUUUUUGCUGAUAUUGCUUUGGAAGGUUAUUAUGUUCGAGCACUUCGGGAGCCCAUUGGUUUGUUACGCGAAAAAUUAGCUUUAUUAGAGCACCGUCUUCUAUCUGAGCAACAAUUGGAGAUUAACGAUCAAUUACUUCGAAUUAAUUUAACUCCACCACCCCUACAAAAUUUGGAACAAAAACGGAGAAAAGAAUCGCUUAGUCAAAGGAGUGAUGAAAUAUCUAGAAUGACUCCAUUAAUUGUAAUGUUAAGGCAUAAAUUAAAUGCUUUGGACGAUCUUUGUCAUAAAGAACAACUUAAAGCAAAUACAACAAAUAUUAGUGGCCGUUUAACCCCUUACGAAGAGAGGAAAACAGUCUUUGAUUUAUUGGUGAGAAUUAACGAAGAGAUAGAUACCAUCCAUAAAUUAUGUCGGGAAGAGAAUGUUAAGGAAAGAAUUGAAAUUGUUCUUAAAGUUUUAAAGAAAGUUUCUAGUUCAAUUGAUAAAAUAAUGGAAACAUUAAAAAAUAUGAGUACAGCGACUACUGUUGCUACUUCAAGACAACCAUCAAUUUCAUUUUUGUCUGAGACUAAACAAAAUAUUUUGAAUGUUGAUAGGCCAAUUAUUUACCAACAACAAAUUGACCAUCCAUCCUCAUCCAAAUUAGAACAAGCAAUCUUAAAUAAACAACAACAAAAAGAAAAGAAUAUAAAUAUUCUCAACCAAACAAAACAAACAUUUCUUCAGAGAAUGAAAGCUAAACAAAAUGAGAAGAAAACUGAACAAUUUUUUGAUUUUCCAUUAAAUGGAAGUAAUAAACAACAAAAUAUUGAAGCUAAACAUUCCAAAAUUUAUAAGGAAGAAAAUAUUGUUUUGAAAAAAUUUGAUAAUGAAAAUGUACCCCCAAAACCUAAAUCUCUCACUUCUUCAAUUGAGGAAAGAAUAGGUCCAUUAUACAGCAUUAUUGAAGAAGAUCCUUCAUCUUCUAAACAAACAAAUAUUUCUAAACAAAGAGUAAAUGCUGUUGAAUUAAGUGCACAUUUGGACAGGCCUUACGAAAGUACAUCUAGAGUUAAUGCUUUUAUUCCAUUAUUAACUACUAGAACCGCUACGAGAAUAGAAAGCCCUCCUUUGAGCCCAGCAUCUACUUCGAAUCAACACUUGUUAGAGAUAUCAAAAAAUUUUUCCUCGGAUUUACAUCAUUCAUCCAAAAAGUUUAAAGAUCAGUCUCGCUUCCGCCUUGGUCCUUGCCCAACUUCAUAUUUAGCUAGAGAACAACAGAAAAUUACAAAUGGUCAAAAGCCUUCGCUACUAAAGUAA